ACUUCCGGGUUGAAUUUCGUCACUCGUCACAAUCUUGUGAUUUCAGCUGGGGUGGCUAAGUUGUGGCUACGUCUCUGUCUGUUCUGUACCCUAGUUUAUGUUUGCUUCAAUUUUGAUGAGAUUGUAGCAACAUUUAUAACUCUCGAUUUCCGACAUGCAAAGUCUAAUUAACUCAGUGAAAGGUACUGCUCUGGGAGUUGCUGAGUACCUCACCCCAGUGUUGAAGGAGUCCAAGUUCAAGGAAACAGGUGUUAUAACACCGGAAGAAUUUGUAGCCGCCGGGGAUCAUCUGGUCCACCACUGUCCAACAUGGCAGUGGGCUGUGGGGGAUGAGAGCAAAAUCAAACCAUAUCUUCCCAAAGACAAACAGUUUCUCAUUACAAGAAACGCUGAUGGGACAGUCAACGCUAUACAGGAGGACAUGGCGGACAUGUCUCUGGAUGGAAAGGAAAGUAAAGGCGCUUCCGCCGCUCCGGUGACCAGCAAUGAUGACGAUGAUGAUGACGAAGACGACGAUGAGGAAGCUGAAGAUAUGGAGGCUUUUGAAGAGAGUGGCAUGCUGGAGGAACAGGACGAGGCAACAAUGGCGGUCCCAGCGGCGAAAGAACAGCCGUCAGAGGGAGCGUCGGGGGGAGAGAGCGGCAUCAUUCAGACGCGCACGUACGACCUCAACAUCACGUACGACAAGUACUACCAGACGCCUCGGUUAUGGUUGUUCGGUUACAACGAGAACCGCACCCCCCUGUGUGUGGAGCAGAUGUACGAGGACUUCAGCCAGGACCACGCCAAGAAGACGGUCACAAUGGAGGCUCACCCAAACCUCCCGGGUCCCCCCAUGGCGUCUGUUCACCCGUGCAG